AUGUCGGUCGACAAGAUCACCCCUGGUGAUAGUCGUAUAUCCCACUGUGAGGCUAAUCUGAAUGGCCACACAUACCACUACAUACUUGGUGUUCCCAAGAAUGGGAAUUUCAAGGCAACUGUAUUUCUCAUCCACGGAUGGCCAGACCUCUCCUAUGGCUGGCGAUACCAGAUACCAUUUCUAAUCAAGCUAAACAUGCGAGUCGUCGUCCCCGAUAUGAUGGGAUAUGGUGGAACAGAUGCUCCACGCUCCCCACCUGCUGACUUGCGGCUUUAUUCCAUUAAACGCGCUGCGGACGAUAUCUCGGAGCUGGCGAAGCAGCUACAAGCCCCUCAAAUCAUCCUGGGUGGUCACGAUUGGGGUGGCUUUGUAGUAUACCGGACUGCACAAUGGUACCCAAAGCUGGUGACUCAUGUCUUUUCUGUAUGCACACCAUACACGGCUCCUUCCACACAUUUCAUCUCGCUCGCUGACAUGGCCAAUGGACCGUUGCCUCAAUUUGGGUAUCAGAUGCAACUUGCAGGACCAGAGCUGGAGGCCAACGUAAAAUCUUAUGAUCAGGUUAAAAGCUUUCUGAAGGCUCUAUAUGGUGGAAAGUCCGCACAAGGCAAACCUUGUUUUCGACCAGAAACUGGCAUAGACUUGGAAGGGUUGAAGACAAUCGGUCUCGCACCCUCGCUCGAUGGGGAGGAGCUUGAAUACUACACGAAAGAAUAUAUGCGCCAGGGACUACAUGGUCCUCUGAACUGGUAUCGGACGCGUCGUAUCAAUUACGAAGAUGACUUGAAGCUGGAAACAAAGCAGAUCAUCCAGCCAGUCUUGUUCAUCUCUGGAACGCUUGAUGCAGUGUUGACGCCCGAGAUGUCCAAAGGUAUGGAAACCUUUGUGGCAAACUUAAGGCGAAGAGAAGUAGAAGCUGGCCAUUGGGCUUUGACACAAGUUCCUCGAGAAGUGAACGCCAUCGUGGAAGAGUGGCUUGGCGAGGUGGUCUUCAAAGCGAGGUGCGCUCUGUGA